CGUUUCAUCCCUUCAAGGUGCGAUGCCGCCCAAGGAGCGCGGCAGGGGCAAGCUGCCUGUUCCUUUGCCGAGAGACACGAUCCUGAAGGACACCGAGGGAAAAACGUGGAGGCUGGGCAGCCAGAUCGGCCAGGGCGGGUUUGGCCUGAUCUACUUAGCUUCCCCUCAUACUCACGUUCCAGUAGAAGAUGAUGCAAUGCAUGUCAUUAAAGUGGAGUAUCUUGAAAAUGGCCCCUUAUUUUCUGAACUGAAAUUUUACCAACGGGCUGCAAAACAAGAGCAAAUAAGAAAAUGGAUGAAUCUCAAAAAAAUAAGAUGCUUAGGAAUCCCAGUGUUUUGGGGAUCAGGCUUGGCUGAGCACAAGGGAAAAAGCUAUAGAUUCAUGGUCAUGGAAAGACUGGGGGAAGACCUUCAAAGAAUCUUUCAAGACUGUGGAAGCAGAUUUAAGAAGGAGACUGUUCUGCAACUUGGGGCACGAAUGCUGGAUACUUUGGAAUAUAUACAUGAAAAUGAGUAUGUUCACGGUGACAUUAAAGCAGCAAAUCUGCUUUUGGGCUACACCAAUUCACAUGAGGUUUAUCUUGCAGAUUAUGGACUUUCCUACAGAUAUUGUCCCAAUGGGAACCACAAACAGUAUCAGGAAAAUCCUAGGAAGGGCCAUAAUGGGACAAUAGAGUUUACCAGCAUAGAUGCCCACAAGGGAGUAGCCCCGUCCAGACGAGGUGACCUUGAAAUCCUUGGCUACUGCAUGCUGCAAUGGUUAUGUGGGAAACUACCGUGGGAGCACAACCUGAAGGACCCCGUAGCUGUCCAGACUGCAAAAACAAAACUUAUGGAUGAGCUCCCACAUUCGGUGAUGGAAUGGAAUUCUUCUGGAAGCAGCUGUAGUGAACUAUCCAAGUUUUUGGUGUGUGUUUAUGGCUUAGCUUACGAUGAAAAGCCAAAGUACCAAGAGCUUAAGAAAAUCUUGCUGGAUGGACUGAAGAUGAGCGGAAUUCCCUAUGAUGGCCCUCUGGAAUUUUCCACUGCAGGAUGCACACAAAAUCACUGUGCUGCUAAAGCAACAAAAGUUCGCUUACCAAAGCCUAUGCCAAAACCAGCUCAACAGAAGCAAAAAAAGAUGGAAAGUGAGGAAAACAUCUGUCAAGACAAGGCCUGGAGUCGAGCAAGAGGCAGACUGCUCCAAGAUGAAGAAAAGCCAAGUAACUUACACCGGACACUUCCCCAAACAGAGCCUCAGCAGGUUCACUUACCAAAGCCUUCACCAAACCCAGUGAGACAGAAGCAAAAGAUGAAAGAGGAUGCCUCUACGUGCCCAAGCAGGCCCCAAGCUCAGAUAACACACAGGAGAUCCCAUGCUGAAGAGAAGCCUAUGAAACUGAACAGCACCAUUCAGGAGACUGACCCACAAAAGUCUGCUGAUUGCUGCCUGGAGCCUCCAGUACAAGCUAGGAGAGAGAAGCAGAAAAAGCACAGCGGUACCUGAGAGCAGGAGGCAGUAAAGUGGUGAGCAGAACGAUGUUUGGAGAUGUCUUGGCUGCUAGCAAGGUAGUCAGACUCUGAAGGGUCUCCGGAUUUCUGACACAAUGAAACUUUUUUCUUUGAAGACAUGGAAUGCAACUUCAAAAUCCUCAGAUGGAAAAUUUUUAAAACGCUAGCAAAUAAAAACAAGUAGUGCUCACCCAAUCUCUGUUCCUCCUGUGUGUUUUGUAUGAAGGCAACUUUCACUUGCUAAAAAAGCAGCAGAUAUGGAAGAAGAGACACACUCAGUUUUCCAUGAUGACAUGGGAGGAAUAAAAGAAACCACUGGUAUCUUCGUAACAUUCCCUGCUCACCUAAACAACUGGACUGUGGGUCUUGACAUGGGAGAUUUGUGUUUCCCUCCCCUUUGUGGGAAGAAAGGAGAAGUACAUUUUAAAUAACUGGAACUGAUCCCCAGUCUUAUAUUUGGACUAUAUGUUUGUUUCGGUUUUACUAUUCUAAAAGAGAAGCCACUGUUGCAGUAUAACAGUGCUGCAUCUAUAUAGAAUGGCUUUGUAGCUGAACUACAGAACUGAGUGCAUUAAAGGGAAGAGUUAAAAUGCUGUCAGAUAACAACUUAAGAUAUUCAAGUGAGGAACUGGAAAUGGGAA